UAUUAUCAUCAUAAUUCCGAUCAAUUUGAUAUAUCCUUUUUCUACUUCCAUAAUUUUCUUGUUCUCUGUGCGAAAUUCUCGAUGGAAAUGGUUUUGAGCGACUUGGGUUUUGAUGCUCCGGUGUUGGCAGCGCUCCAUGAUAUGCUGGACUUUGUCGACGAUGCUGAGAAGCCGCACCACCCGUCGCGGGCGUAUAUUCGGGACACAAAGGCCAUGAAAGCUACACCAGCAGACAUCAUAGAAUACCCAAAUGCUUACCAUUUUGUGGUGGAUAUGCCAGGGCUGAAAGUUGAUCAAAUCAAGGUACACAUAGAGGACGGCAAUGUCCUGGUGGUGAGUGGCGAAAGGAGGAGAGAGAGAGAGAAGGAGAAGGAGGAGAAAGAAGGGGUGAAGUACGUGAGAAUGGAGAGGAGGUUUGGGAAAUUGUUGAAGAAGUUUGUGCUGCCAGAGAAUGCGAAUUUGGAUAAGAUUUGUGCUGUUUGUCAAGAUGGGGUGCUGACGGUGACCGUGGAGAAGAAACCGCCACCGGAGCCCAAGAAACCGAAAGUGAUUGAGGUGAAAGGGGCGGAGCACAGUGGAGGAGGAGAAGGGAGCCAUGAAGUUAAAACUUCGCUUGGAACCGAUGAGGGUGAUGCGGUCGAACAAGAGUAAAAUGAAAAUUUGCAUCGGGUUUUGGUUUUGUCAAGUGGUUCACUUGGUGAAAAGUUGAACGGUCUAUGUUAAUCCGCGCUUAUAUGGCUGUGUUGUGUUGUACUGUGUGACUAUGUUUGUGGUUCUUGUGUAGGGAAAUAGGACAUCUCCUUUUACAAAAUAAAAAGGUUCAUCAUGGAAGCUCUGCUGCUUUUGUGAAAUGCUUUAUUGAAUAUGUUUCUCGUGAUAAAUAUAAUGUUAUUACAAUUUAAUAG